AUGUCGUUAACACGCCUCCAAACGCUCUACAAACUGAGCGCCUCGAUCUUCAACACGACAUUCAACCCGACCAACAUCCGCACAGGCAACAAGGUCCUUCGGCAGCGGCUGAAGGGCGCGGCGCUGCUGGACUACUACCCGCCGCGCGUGGCCACAGUGAAGGAUCUGCGGCGGUUGUUCCCCAACCUGGCCAUCAGCGACGAUGCGGAGGACGCCAGGGUUAACGCUGUUGAGAGGGCGAAGGCGAGGGGUAAGGGCGCGCCGAAGAAGGUCAGGGUUAAGCCGGAGAGGAUGCAUGGUAAGAAGAAGUAG